AUGAGUGGUAUUGGCAAUCAAGCAGUUUUGUCAGAUGAAGAAUAUACUGAUACAAUAGGAUGUCUAAAUCGAUUAAAGGUACCUCAGAUAAAGGAUAUUGCAAGAUGCCUUUCGUUGCCACUUUCAGGAAAAAAGCAAGAUCUCAUUGAUCGAGUAGUAGGCUAUUUGGAACAAGGUAAGAGAUUCGACGAUAAUGUGAGGUUACUCGCCGUCAGAACAAUUGUACUUAAAGUAAGAAAUAAUGAUCCUAUUCCCAACUUCACAGCAUUGUAUGAUGCUCUAAGGACUGGUGCAUACAACUUCGUCGAAGGCGUAAGUCAGUAUUCUAAUUAUAAAAAGCAAUCAUCAUCUUCUGCAUCACAGAAUAAAUCUAAGACUGAAUCGUAUCCUUACAAAGGGCACGUAUUGUACUUUAAAGAAAGCCCGUUCUAUAAUUUGAAACGGCUAGUUCAUGGUAGUCCCCAAAUAGCCAUACCUAGUAAGGUCAAGGCUAUUUGCAGGUAUCAGUUUAUUUUGAAUGAAGAAGAGAAUAAAUUAUUUCAACUUUCAGGUGAAAAAAUAAGGUUUUACCUUCUUUGUGGUGUAUCUAAUAGCUCUACAGCGUCCACUUCUUCAGCACUUUUACAAUUUCCCAUACCAAUAGAGAUCCAUGUAAACGGAACGCAUAUUAAAGAAAACGUUCGAGGAAUCAAAGGUAAACCAGGAACAGCGAGACCUGCAAAUAUAACGCCUUACAUUUUACCUGAUCAACAGUUAAAUAAAAUUGAAAUGGCAUAUGCUGGAACAACAGAAACGUUCCUUCUUUACUUAUAUAUUGUGGAAUAUAUUUCUUGUGAAGAAAUCAUCCAAACUAUUGUACAGCAACCUCAUAUUCACAAGAAUUCUACUAUCUUGGAUAUUAAAAAAGAAUACUCUAAUGACGAUGGUGAAGACGAUGACAUUAUUGUUUCUACCUCAUCAAUAUCUUUAAAAUGCCCUUUGACAUACGCUAGGAUGAAAUACCCCACAAAAUCAAUAUAUUGUCAACAUAUUCAAUGCUUUGAUGGCUUAUCGUAUCUUCAAUUACAAGAACAGGUACCUAGUUGGAUAUGCCCUGUAUGUUCAAACAAAAUUGAUAUUUCUCAUUUAGCUAUUUCAGAUUAUUAUUGUGAUAUUUUAGAAAAUACUAAUCAUGAAAUCGAGAACGUUACGAUCAAUGAUGAUGGAACGUGGGAAGCUAUAAGUGAAGCAUCGAACAAUAGCAACGUUAGUGGAAAUAAUAAUAAUAAUACUAGUAAUAAAAGCAAUAAUCUAAAAGGUAAUGAAGACUCCUACAAUGAAAGUAUACUGACUCAAAUAAAACAUAGUCCCCUGUCUAGAGUUUAUUCAGAAGAGGCAACACAACGCACACCAAGUGCACAGCCCGAAGUAAUUGAGGUUAUAUCUAUUGAUAGUGAUUCAGAUGAUGAUGUGGAUAUGAAUGAACCAACUAAAUCUUAUGUACCUAGUGGAAUAGCAGCAGAAAUGCUUACCCUACUGGAUGCAAAGAGGGCGAAACAACAAAAUAUACAACGUUCUGAGGUAAUUCAUAACCUGUCCUCAGUCAGGAGUGAUACCAAUAAUCAUACUAUGAAUCAUCGUACUAUUGAAAAUAGUAUAAAUCGUCCUAGCACUAACAACGUUAAUGUAAGUUUGCCACCUAUAGCUCAACAAGUCACUGCUAACAACGAUGAACAUAUUGUGACUCAAAAUCAAGAUAGUCCUGUCAGUACAGGAAACACACCAACUUUAGCUGGAUCUAAUAAUUAUCAUUCUGAAAUUGCAGCAAAGAAAUCUACAGUCGCUCAGGAUGCCUCUAAAGAUAAAUCUAAUUCAAACAUAUCUAAUGAACAGAAUCAAUAUGGAGCAAUGAAUCAGUAUAACCCGGUUAAUGAUACGAAUUUGCAACAAAUGGUCACAAAUAACACAAGCUUAUUAAAUUCUAUAAACAGCAAUAAAGAGGAUAUUUCAGCUCGAAAUAAUUCCAGCUCGGACCCGAAUAUUAACGAGCUGUUACUUACACAUUCAUCAACACCGCAAAGUCAUCAUUCAAUUAGAGCUUCACUGCAUAACAGACAACUCGUGGAUGACCAACUUAAAAAUACCUCUUCGAGACCUGGUGACGAACGUAUGAGCUUGGAACGAAUUUAUGGGAUGCCUGUAAAUUCUACAAAUAAUAGGACUAUAGAAGAUCAAAGAAAACAAGCCAAUAUCAAUCCGAUAUCUUCAACUCCUGAACUUACUUCUCUAACACGAUCUGUGCCAUUAUUAGAUGAGCAGCCGCAAGUUCAAGUUACUUCAAACUCAAGAAGUAUAUCUGCUCCAUUACCUUUUCUUCUGAGAGCAAAUGAACCAAAUGUGAGAGACAACAAUGAAAAAUAUGGUGAUUUACCCAUAUUAUCAGGAACAAAACUCAGACCGUUAAAAAAACUCCCGAUGGAUGAUAAUUCUAAUAAUCCUGGGAUUCUUCCUAACAUUCACCAACUCGAGAGUCAGCUAAAGGUUCGAAAUCACGAUAAUAGACAGCCAUAUCAGUUACCAUCUCAAAUCCCUAACCAAGCAAUCGAUCAAAGAUCACCAGUAUCAAACGUAUAUGAUGCCACCCGAGAAACUAGUAAACAUAGCCGACCUUUGGCUACUAGCAUAUCAAUGACUCAAAAUUCAUCUCGCCCAUCACCCCUGGUGUUCUAUGGUAGAGACUCGCUUGGUGAUAUCUAUCAUUCACAUAAUUCUUCCCCACGAGAUGCAAGUCACCAAACGAGGAGUGUCAACUUGAGUGAUUAUCAAAUAAACCAAACCCACAAAUCUCGGCACCUGUCACCAGCAACAUCGUAUGACCUAGAUACCAGUGAAGGACACCCAAUUCAAAACCAGAAUCAACGCUCAUACAAUGUGAAAGAAACAUCUCAUAUCGAAACUCCAAACGACGCUAAUCAGAACAGAGCUUCAAAUUUUAACGGAACUGAAAAUGGGCCUAAUCACGAUCGUAUCCAUUCUUCAGAAGGAAGAUACAUCUCGGGCUCUUCUGAGCCUAAUUCAUUAAGGUACUCUCGCUCAGCUUUUGAUCUAGCAAAUAAGAAUCAUCCCCAAGCUGAGAAUCCAGACAAAGAGGAAGGCAUAGUUGGAUUACUAGGAAUUGUUCUCAGUGAAGAUUCUAUGCAUAUGAAUCAACCAUCAACUCAACCACCUCCGUCACAGAGAAGUGAUUUAACUCCUCUUAAGGGAAAGAUCGAUAAUAUGCGACUUGGUUCUGAUAAAAAAAGAAGCUUGUCAGGUUCUAGUACAGGUAGAACCUGGAAUAAAAAAAUGAAUCCAGAUCAUGAAGGAUCAAGACAGGUAGAAGUUAGUAAUCAUGACUCAACUCCAUCGAAACCAGUAUAUGAUGCGUUAAAUAAUCAACAGUUGCAUGGUUAA